AUGAGGUGGAGUUGUGUGUUUAGUGGUAGGUAUCCCAUAUUUAGUGGUAGAGAAUGUGGUGGUGAUGUGGCACCCACCACUAUAGUGGUUAGUGCGGAUGAAAACCAAGAAGAAGAGGUCCAACCAGGCUCCAUUUACGAGAUCUACCAUAAAAACCUUCCUCCUAGAACUCAUCUUCAGCUGAGAUCUGUUCAUGUUAUUAUGAAUUUCUGGCUGGUUAACCCAAACACUCUAGUCGGGUCGGGUCAUGUUGCUAUUAAGAUUAAAGAGAUCGAAUUGGAGAAGGAGUUGAAGAACAAUGCAAUGGGCUCAUUAGAGACCCCACAGUCAAAGGAGAGGUAUCUAGCGGCGGAGCUCAGUCUUCUAGAAGCUAUGAAAGAGAAGAACGCGAUGAUUGGGAAUCCGAUUACGAGACCCGCGCUUAGAGUUGAAGUUCAAAAGAGGAAAGAUCACACUGGUAGCUUAGACCAUCUUCUGAAAAUCGUGGCAAACAAGGUGGCGCCUGGUGGAAAUUUAAGGCUUCGAAGGUCACAUAAUACUGAUGGUGCAAUGGAAUAUUGGCUUGAAAGUGCUGAUCUUCUAAAAAUUAGGAAAGACAUCGGAGAUAGAGAUUCCUUCUGGACUCCCCCGUGGUUGGAAUCCCGGUGA